AUGCCACCUCCUUGGGAAAACAUCCCUUUUGGUUGUGACGACUAUCCCACAGGCGAAGUCCUUCGCACUGUGGAACUAGUCUAUGAGUAUGCUGGGCGUCCACUUCCCCAUCCAAUUGACGGUUUCCACAAUACACCCUCCCUCGGCUACGUGCCACCUGAAGAAGGCUUGUCAGAACCAAAAGCAGUCGUUCUCAACCUUCGAGAGGGUAUAGGAGACAGCCAACGUGUCAUAUUCACCGUGAAACCUGCUACGAUGAUGAUUACUCCAAAGAUCGAAAUGCAAGACUUCUGCGUCUGCAAGGGCAUUGUGGACGAUGUGAUUGAGGCUCAAAGAUUUGCUUAUAAGUGGGCUGCGGACUCUGUGGCAGCGAGGGAGGCGAAGGAAAGGGAGGAGGCGCAACAGAGGCAGGCCGAGCACGAAGCUGUGAUGGCCAAUUUACAAGCUAACGGACAUGUACCCCCCAACGGAUUCAGCAAAACAGGAUAG